CCCACAAUGUCAACGGCAGGACAGCUCCGCGAGCGUCGACCGGGCAACACGCCCGCCACCGCAGCCACCGCAGCCACCGCCGCCGCUGCAUCCUCAUCCUCAUCGUCAUCGGUCAUGUCGCCAAAGACGGUCGGUCUUGGCCGCACAGAGCAGCUCGCUCGCUUUGGGACGUAUCUCAACGUCACUUCUUGCACUGCAACCAGCGUCACGCUCAAGCACCGGCCAUCCGCGCGGUCCUGGGUGACUCUCGGAGCCUUCCUCUCGUUCGGAGUGCUGCUGUUCAUGUUCAAUCCGACAACGCUGUUCUGGCGAGUCGUGCAAGUGCUGUUCUGCGCCUUCCUCGGAGUCUCCAAUAUGGAGCUCUGGGAAGAGGUGAUUGUUGAUAAAUCUGCAGGCCAGAUCAGCAUGCGCCGGUACAACUUUAUCGAUUGGACACGCGCGCGCUAUGUCGUCCAGAUUGCAGACGUGGACGAAGUCAUUGUGGGCCAACACGCGCUUGGCUUUGGCGGCUUUAGCCAGCUGUGCUUUCGAGCAGAGCUGGUUUUGAACACUGGCGCGGUCGUUCCUCUCACUGACACCUACUCGCUUGGCCAAGGCAAGAAUGUGGACAAGAUUGUCGAUUUUCUGUCCGACUUUGUCGGCCUGGAGGUCGAUCCCAAUGAGGAGCACACUGUGCGCAAAACUGUCCGAAUGCGUCUGGAGGACGACGACGCCGCUGCCACAGCAGCCCAGCAAAGCAGUAGUGACGACGAGAGCGAUCCAGACGAGGACCAAGAGGCCAAGUAUUUGCAGCAGCGCGCCGCCGACAGCCUGAACGCGACGAAUUGACGUGCGUGUGCAGCGUUUUUUUUUGGGAACUCGAGCGUGUCACUUUGUGUUGCUGUCAGCAGGUCUUGACGAAAAUCAAAGAUGGAAGCUUGCAUGCAUUUUCAGAUAGAAUUUCAUUCCAAC